GUACGGAGUAGGGUCCUUUCAGCCUCCGUGGUCUAGCAUUCAACCAGUGGUGAAAAGAGAGGUUUUCUGUUUCUUUGUUUCCAUUUUCCCUAUCUUCUACGUGCUCUCAACUUCCCAUGUCUGCUCAAAGUAAAUGCUAUGACUUUCUGCGAAUUUAAGAUCUCAGUCGCUGUUUCCUCAUGCCGUCAAUGAAGCGUUUGCAGGCGCACCUGGAGCCUGCGGACUCAAGCGAGGAGAGUAAUCCCAGCUCUUCGCCUUCGCCAAAACGCCUUCGUAGAACUCAUUCCCUUGUCUCGGAUGGGAGCACAGAAGCGAGCAAUGAUGGGAAUGAAGAAAGAAGAGUGCGAUCUCUUACACAAGCCCUCGAUGAUGACGAAGAUGAGCUUGAGUUGCGGGCUACGCAGGUCAUCCAGGAGAAGUAUUCAUUCGCUACAGAUGAACCAAAUAUACCCGCCGAGCAUGGAAUAUUGCAGCGUGUUGAAUGUUACAAUUUCAUGUGUCAUGACCACUUUUACGUCGAUCUAGGCCCUUUGAUUAAUUUCAUCGUGGGAAAGAACGGCAGCGGCAAGAGUGCAGUUCUCACGGCUAUAACCCUUUGCUUAGGCGGUAAAGCAUCCGCCACCAAUCGAGGCCAGAGUCUGAAAAGUUUUAUUAAAGAAGGCAAGGAGAACGCAACCAUCGUCGUGCGAAUCAAGAACCAAGGAGAUGGCGCUUACCUGCCGGAUGACUAUGGAAAGUUCAUCACUAUAGAGCGCCAUUUCUCCAAAAAUGGCACAAGUGGGUUCAAAAUCAAAUCAGAAAAUGGACGAAUCAUGUCUACCAAGAAGGCAGAGCUCGACGCCAUCAUUGACUACUUCACCUUGCAAUUUGACAAUCCGAUGAACGUUCUCUCUCAGGACAUGGCUCGCCAAUUUCUUAGCACAUCAAGCCCUAGUGAAAAGUACAAGUUCUUUGUGAAGGGUGUCCAACUUGAGCAACUCGAUCAGGACUAUCGACUCAUUGAAGAAUCCGGUGACCAGAUCGAGGAGAAGUUGAGAAAUCGGGAGCAGGAUAUUGCGAUCCUACAAAGUCGGAAAGAAGCAGCGAAACGAAAACUUGACAUAUCCGACCAACAUGAUUCUCUGCGAAACAGGAUUAGAAAUGUUCGAAGUCAAAUGGCCUGGGCUCAGGUAGAGGAACAAGAAAGGAUAAGGGAUUCUCUAGACGAUGAAAUUCUUAGAGCGGACAACAAUAUAGCCGGCGCCGAAGCCAAUUUGAGCAACUUUGAUGUUGCGAUACGAGAGGCUGAAGGCGAGGCCCAAGCCGCUGCUGAAGAUGUUCGCCAGGCUACUGCCAAGUGGGACCAGGUUCAAGGCGAAAAAAUUGAAAUCCAGACGAAAUGGGAUACACAGAUGACCGAACGCCAUGGACUGCAGGCUGAACAACGACGGAUAAGAGAAUACCUCAAAGCAGCAGAAACGAGAAUCGCUACUACUGAGCGAGAUAUCGAUGAAGAAAAUCGACGCUUAGCUGAAAUUAGCGGAGGGAGCUAUACGAAAAAGCAAGAAGAACUUGAACGAGCAAAAGCAGAAGCCUCCCAAGCCCGCACUCAGUAUGAGGAGCAUGGAGGCCAUAGCAAUCGUUUAACGCAUGAGAUAAAUGAAGCUGAGAAGGAAGUGAAGUCAGCUGCGGUCCCACUCGCUAAACUUAAGGCCGAUGUUGAGGAGGCCGAAUCACUCUUGUUGACCCUACAAAGGGAAGGGGGUCCUCAAAAUUCGGGUUUCCACGCGAGGAUGCCGAUCCUCUUGAAAGCAAUCGAACAAGAUCAGUCCUUUACUAGGCGUCCUGUCGGUCCACUUGGUCACUAUGUGCGCUUGCUUAAGCCGGAAUGGUCCUCAAUUCUCGAAAACUCGCUUGGCUCGACAUUGAACAGCUUCGUUGUAGUUACUCCUGAAGACUCGAAAAAAAUUCUUAAGAUCAUGGAAAGUGUCGAUUGUAUGUGUCCUAUCUUGAUAGCGGAUGGUAACCGCAUCGAUACAUCAUCAAACGAACCAGAUGCCCAGUAUGAUACAGCACUGCGGGUCCUUGAGUUCGAUAAUGAGGUGGCCCGUGGACAGUUUAUCAUCAAUCAUAAAAUAGAACAAAUGCUACUCAUUGAGAACCUUGAGGAAGCAUCCUCGGUUCUCUUUGAUGGGCAAAGACCUCGAAACGUGGCACGGUGUUAUUGUAUUGAUAAGACAAACAGACGCAGAGGUAUCCAUCUUUCCUUUAGCCGAACCGGGGAACCAAGCCAAGCGCCAGUCCCAGCCUACAAUAGGUCUCCUCGUAUGAGGUCCGAUCUGGAGUCCCAAAUCAGAGUGCAACAGGGUGUAGUGGCCGACUUGAAAAGCAACCUCAGCCGUCAAGAACAAGAGCUUCGGUCUGCUCGGUCUCGGCUGGAAAGCUGCAAGCAAGCUCGUGUCAGACACGAGCGAAGAUCAAACGAACUACGAAUUGCAGCACAGAGACUGGAAGACCGUGUUGAAGCGCUUUCUGAUGCACUUGACAGGGAACUUCCCGAAGACGGGCGUCUUGACGGGCUUCGGGCCACUCUCCAAGAAGCAGAAGAAGAGAAGCGCCUCAAUGAAGGAUCCUUGAAGGACAGCGCAGAUGCAAUGGAUGCUAUGAUGAAAUCAUUGAAGGCGAUCAAGCAGGAGCUCUCAGCCAAAGAAGCCGAGAUCACCGUCAUACAAGAAGAGCUCAAAGUCGCUGAGAAUCAGGGGCGUAUUGCGAACGACAAGCGUCGAAAGAGGAUAGGAGAUAAAAAUACAGCCGUUGAAAGGAUCGACGACAUCAGGCGAGACAGGAAUAGGGUCCAUGAUAAACGAGGAGAGAUCAUGGCACGUAUCCUUGACUUCAGCGAAAAGGCGAGUAUGGUCUCCCCGCGGGUUGCAAUUGAUGAAGGUGAAACUGCGGCCAGUCUGGAUAGAAAGCUCGAAAGACUCCAUAACGACAUCAAGCGCUAUGACCAACAGCUAGGAGCAUCCCGCGACGAACUCCUUACUGAGGUGGCAAAGGCCAGCGAAGCCUAUGACCGGGCUUUAAAGCAAGUUGAGGAGUUUAGGUUGUUGGCUGAAGUGCUCAAGGCAACACUAAAACUCCGCAAAGGCCGCUGGGUGAUUUUUAGGUCUCACAUUUCAUCCCGUGCCAAAGCACAGUUCACUUACCUUCUGAGUGAAAGAAGCUUCCGUGGUCGACUUUUAACCGACCAUGAGGGCAAGCUUCUGGAUCUACAAGUGGAACCCGAUAUCACAAAAGACAGCGCCGGUCGUGGCGCAAAGACACUGUCUGGCGGUGAGAAGUCAUUCUCUCAGGUAUGCCUGUUAUUGGCACUCUGGGAAGCUAUGGGAUCUCCAAUUCGCUGCUUGGAUGAAUUUGAUGUGUAUAUGGACCACAUCAAUAGGAAAAUGGCUAUUGAUAUGCUUAUGCUCGCUGCCAGACGGUCAAUCGGGCGGCAAUUCAUACUUAUUACACCCGGAUCAAGAGCAGAAAUUACUUUGGCGCCUGAUGUAUGUGUAAAGGAGCUGGCAGAGCCAGAAAGAGGCCAAACUAGGCUGUCGUUUCCACGGUAAUUUCCAGCGGUUGCUACAGUUUGGUUGCCUCUCUGCUGGUUGUGAUCCACUGCAAGUUGCAACUAUUUGGUCUGGCUGCUCAAUCCCCGCUUGUUUCCACCAACGAGUUUCUUAUAGACCCUUUUACUCUAUUGAUUCUAUCUAGCAGUUUAAUACAAGUCCUUCACCCCUGUUAUACUGCGAGAUGAUUGGGUGACUCAACGAUAUUCUAGCUCUCGUG